AUGGUUUCAAUGCGUUCGGUUGUCUCAUAUGAUACUACGCCAUCGCAGGUUGCGAAGAAAGAACGCUUGAGAAGAGGCAAGGAUACUCAAGAGGCCGCAGUUGUGCUUUCUUCGAAGCAGACUGUAAGCAUCGACAAUGAAGUUUCCGUUGCUCAAGAGUUGGACAAGGUACGAAAGGCGUUGAAGGCAGCCUGGAGAGAGAAACCGUCUGUAGACUUUUUCUCAUUCGUCAUCGAUCCUGAUGAUUUCUCCAAAUCGGUGAGUGGUUUAAUUUAUUUCUGUGUUCAGUCCCUGGCAUUACGAUGGUCCUGGCUUCCGAAUGGAAUUUUGUCUCUGCACUCACCGAGAACAGCGGCUGAUAUUUUUCCGAUUCUUCCUCGUAACCGACUUCGGUAA